GACCACAACACCACCUCUAUAUCUGUGUCAUAAUCUCCCUCUCUUCCUUCUUCACUUCAACCUCAUCAUCUCUCUCUAUUUCUCUUUCUUUCUCAAACAAAUAGAUUCUAUAACUUCGCAGUUUCCAAAGUCACCAGCUUAACAACAAGUUGUUCAUUUCAAACUCUUUUCACGUUCAUCGACAACACAUAAAACAAACAAAAGCUAUGGAUCACUCUUCCACUUCUUCACCAUCUCCCAACACAAACAACAACACCCUUGCUUUCUCUCUUUCCAAUCACUUUCCCAACCCUUCCCCUUCUUCCACCUCUCAUCUCUCCCUUUUCCACUCCUUCAACUUCCCCACUUCCACACCAUCUCUCUCCCUCUCAGGAACCAACACGUUGGAUGCUACACCGGACAGAGGAGCCACCAACCUGUCCAUUUUCACCGGUGAACCGAAGCUCGAGGACUUCCUAGGCGGCUCCGUCGCAGCAACCACCACGUGUGGACCCCAACACCUGCACCAAUUCUCCACCGACAUAUACGAGUCGGAGUUAAAGACAACAAUAGCCGCUUGCUUCCCUCGCGGUUUCAACUCCGAACCUAACACCGAACCUCAAAAGCCUUCACCCAAGAAAGCCGUCGACACCUUCGGCCAACGCACCUCCAUCUACCGCGGCGUCACCAGACAUAGAUGGACUGGGAGAUAUGAAGCUCAUCUAUGGGAUAAUAGUUGUAGAAGGGAAGGACAAAGUAGGAAAGGAAGACAAGUUUAUCUGGGUGGCUAUGACAAGGAAGAAAAGGCAGCUAGAGCUUAUGAUCUUGCAGCUCUCAAGUACUGGGGCCCAACCACCACCACCAACUUCCCAAUUUGCAACUAUGAAAAGGAACUGGAGGAGAUGAAGAACAUGACCAGACAAGAGUUUGUUGCUUCUCUACGAAGGAAGAGCAGUGGUUUCUCUAGAGGGGCCUCUAUUUACAGAGGAGUGACAAGGCAUCACCAGCAUGGCCGAUGGCAGGCAAGGAUAGGUAGAGUUGCCGGAAACAAAGACCUCUACCUUGGCACUUUCAGUACACAAGAAGAAGCUGCAGAAGCAUAUGACAUUGCAGCAAUCAAAUUCAGAGGACUAAAUGCCGUAACAAACUUCGACAUGAGCCGCUACGACCUGAAGAGCAUCGCAAACAGCAACCUCCCCAUCGGUGGUUUAUCCUCCAAGAACAACAAAAACUCCACAGCAGAUUCACAUUCUGAUCAGAGCAAAAGCGAUGAACGAGAUCCAUCUUCAGCUUCUUCAUCAGGAAACUUCACACCUUCAAGCUCCAACACACUCAGCUUCGCCAUUCCCAUCAAGCAAGACACCAACACCACCACUUCAGAUUACUAUAGUACCCUCCUCGGGUUCCACAACAACAACACAGUACCCUUUCACAUGGACUACUCAAGUGGUGCACCUUCAUCAAAUAACAACAAUGAUAACAGUGCUGCACAGUUUUUGAGUAGUGGCAUUUUGAUGCAACAACAACAACAACAACAUGGAGGAAGUAGCAGUACUGUUUCAUCUUCAAGUAGUUCAGUUGUCACGUUGGCCACGCCAGUUUUUUCCUUAAACAGUUAUGAGAACGGUUAUGGAAACUGGAUGGGACCCACCCUGCACAAUAGUACAUUCCAAAGCCAUGCAAAACCAAGUCUGUUUCAAACACCAAUAUUUGGCAUGGAGUGAAUGAAUGAGAUCAUGUAUCAGGUGGUGGGAUGGUUAGAAUCUGUGCAUAUAAUGAUGAAAAUGGAAGAAAGACUGGUCUUACACUCAUCAUAGAUCAUGAUUCAAGAUGAGAGCCAGAGGGUAGUAUAGUAUAGUAUUGUAGGUGCUGACACUGUACUAACUCAAAGUUGCUUUAGCUUUGUUUAAUUAGUGUUGUUGGAUUUUACUUUGCUUUUGCUUUUUGGAGUUUGGCGCUUUUAAUUUGUCCCUGUACAAUAUACUGACAUGAUUUAUGAGUAUAAUGGGAAAAAAUGCUUUUGCAAA